CUUGGCAGGAUUCUUUAUUCAGCUGUUUUCCCCUUGCCCCGUUACAUUCCAGAUGUAUGGUCUGCAUUAUGUCUGGAGCCAGCAGCCAGCUAGCUUUUUUUCUCUGCGGCUGUUACGUGGCUGCCCUGGGAGUCCACACCGGAGAGCAUUGCGUGGCUGAACAUCAAGAGGUUGAAUGUUACGUGGCUGCCGUGUACGAGCACCAGUCAAUCUUGAGUCCGAACCCGCUAGCUCUCACCAGCCGCAAGGAGGCCUUGGAGCUAAUGAACCAGAACCUUGACAUCUACGAAGAGCAAGUGAUGACUGCAGCCCAAAAGGGUGUACAGAUUAUAGUGUUUCCAGAAGAUGGCAUUCAUGGAUUCAACUUUACAAGAACAUCCAUUUACCCAUUUUUGGAUUUCAUGCCGUCUCCUCGCUUGGUCAAAUGGAACCCAUGCCUGGAGCCCCAUCGAUUCAACGACACAGAGGUCCUCCAGCGCCUGAGUUGUAUGGCCAUCAAGGGAGAGAUGUUCCUGGUGGCCAAUCUCGGGACAAAGCAGCCUUGUCACAGCAGUGACCCAGGGUGCCCAAAUGAUGGAAGAUACCAGUUUAACACGAAUGUUGUGUUCAGCAGUAAUGGAACCCUUGUUGACCGCUACCGCAAACAAAACCUCUACUUUGAGGCAGCUUUUGAUGCCCCUCUCAAAGUGGAUCACAUCAUCUUCGAUACCCCUUUUGCUGGCAAGUUUGGUGUCUUCACUUGCUUUGAUAUAUUGUUCUUCGACCCUGCCAUCAGACUCGUCAGAGACUCUGAGGUGAAGCACAUUGUGUAUCCGACCGCCUGGAUGAACCAGCUCCCGCUCUUGGCAGCUAUUCAGAUUCAGAGUGCUUUUGCCAUUGCCUUUGGCGUCAACUUUCUGGCUGCUAACAUCCACCACCAGUCUCUGGGGAUGACUGGAAGUGGCAUACAUACCCCUCUGAAGUCCUUUUGGCACCAUGACAUGGAAAACUCCAAAGGUCACCUUAUAAUUGCCCAGGUAGCCAAAAAUCCACUGGGUCUCAUUGGUACAGAGAAUGCCACAGGUAAAAUGGACCCAUCCCAUACUAAGUUUUUAAAAAUCUUGGCAGGUGAUCCAUACUGUGAAAAGGAUGCUCAAGAAGUCCAUUGUGAUGGAGCCACCAAGUGGAACAUGAAUGCUCCUCCCAUAUUUUACUCUGAGAUGAUGUACGACAAUUUCACCCUGGUCCCUGUGUGGGGAAAGGAAGGCUAUCUCCGAGUCUGUGCGAAUGGCCUCUGCUGUUACUUGCUUUACCAGAGGCCCACUUUGUCCAAAGAGCUGUAUGCCCUGGGGGUCUUUGAUGGCCUCCACACCAUACAUGGCACUUACUAUGUUCAAGUUUGUGCCCUGGUCAAAUGUGGGGGUCUUGGCUUUGACACCUGCGGGCAGGAGAUCACAGAGGCCACGGGACUAUUUGAGUUUCACCUGUGGGGGAACUUCAGUACUUCCUAUAUCUUCCCUCUGUUUCUGACCUCAGGGAUGACCCUGGAAACCCCUGACCAGCUCGGCUGGGAGAAUGACCACUAUUUCCUGAGGAAGGGUGGACUGUCCUCUGGCCUGGUGACGGCAGCACUCUAUGGGCGCCUAUAUGAGAGGGACUAGGGAGACUGUGCGGUGGGCUCUGGCCACUGCAUGGACAGCCCUGCACUCACACAGCCCGUAUCCCACAGGCACUGGGGCCACCUCUGUGCCCCAGAGCUCAUCCUGGGAGCUGUGGGAAGAAGUGGGGGAGGCAGAUUCCCCAGUGUCUCUUCCUCUUAAAUGCAAAUUAUUGAGACAUUU